AUGGUUUGUAGGCCACCAAAUUCCCAUAAUACUCAUGAAGUAUUCUUGUUCCAGGUAUACCUCGUGGGUCACAUAGCUCCAGGUUCAAACGAACGCCAUAGAGGUGCCUACCCUCCCUCCCACAUAUCGUAUUCAGACCAUCACAACAAGAAAUACCUCAAGAUUGUCCGCAGGUACGCUUCCAUCAUCGUUGGACAGUUCUUUGGACAUUUGCACUCGGACACCUUCAGGGUGAUAUAUGGAGAAAACGGGCGGCCAAUUUCAUGGGCUCUUCUGGCACCAUCGAUAACACCAAAGAGAAACAACGAUGGUCCCAACAAUCCUGGGUUGAGGCUUUAUAAAUUUGACAAGGACACAGGACAGGUGUUCGAUUACACCCAGUAUUACCUGGACCUGUCCGGUGCCAUCGCCAACCCCAACAGGAACGUAGAAUGGUCGGUCGAAUACAAUUUCAGCACUUACUAUUCCAUCAACGACAUUAAUGCGGUCAAUUUGCAUACGCUGGCUGACAAAUUGACACAUGAUACACCGCAGGAGAAUUCUAUAUUUAGCAGGUACUACCGUGCCAACUCAGUGCGUUUCAACAGCGGCACAGCUGCUUUGGCACAAUGCGAUUCGCAUUGUGCCCACACCCAUUACUGCGCCAUCACAAGAGUGGACUACGACGAGUUCCACCAGUGUCUGCAGACUGCUGCCAGCGCACUCUCUGCGUCGGCAGCUACAUCAGCGGUGGCCAUGCGGACGAUAGCAAAAAUAGUGCUGGUGAUGUGGGUGAUUGUGCGAUAGGCUAUAUCAUCAGGUUUAACUUU